CCAUGGUCCCAGCCAUGGCUCAAGAGGAUUUCCAUUUGGUUGAGCCAGAGCCGAGCCGUGACUUAGAGGAUACGACCCCUUGCUGUGUGUGUGUUGAAAAGGCGCGUGUGUGUGUUGAAAAGGCGUGUGAUUAAUUCACGCGUCUUGUUGUGGGUGUUGCUACGCGCGUAACUGAUUAACUCAUUCAUUCGGAAAGAGCUCCCGAGAUCGGAUUAUGUCUGCAGCCGAACAGGGGUGGUAUGAAGCCUGGUUAAUGGUGCUUGGAUUGGUGACCUUAUAGCCAUGCUAUAAGUUGUUAUAGGCUGCUCGGGGGCUGCGAUGUCAGCAGAAUUCAGUGCACUGAACUUUGCACUGCAAACCUACUGGAAUGUGCUCCUACCCGCCUUCACAAAGCUGUAUUGACCAGCGUGGUGAAGUAUGGUCAAGCAACCCUCCCCCCUCCACCCGGCCGGCACGCCACACUCUCUGCUGCCUUGCGCUCCUGGGCAACUUCAAGAGGAGACCCUCCCAUCACUCACUCCCUCCUCGCUCCGUCACCUCCUCCUCUCCUCCUCUCCUCCUCGUCCUCCAUGGGCUCCGGGUAACGCGGGGAUGAGCGAAGAACGGAGCCGGGCGCGCCAUGCAAGGAGUCCAGCUGGAGCCGGUGUUUGGGUCCCUGGUGGCUGCUGGUCAGGACGAGGACGAGGCUGCAAAGUGGUGGGACGAGCAGGCGGGAGCCCUGGGCCCCGACGACGUGCGGCUGGAGCUGGGGGGCGAUGAGGAGGGAGCGGGGAGCGUGGAGCCCUCGCCCUCUCUUCCUCCUCCUGAUCCCCAUGGUGCCAAGGAGUCCAAUGCCACCCAGGGUGCGGCGACUCAGCCGGGCAAGAGGGCGCGGUCCGUGGCGCAGUGGUCAGUGCAGGACGUGUGUCAGUGGCUCACCAAGGUGUUCCCACGCACGCACAAGAUCUACGCCGAGCGGUUCAAGAUGCACGACGUCACGGGUGUGGUGCUGCUGCAGCUGACGGAGCGCAAGCUGGAGAGGAUAGGCCUCAUGGAGGAGCAGCGGCAGCAGCUGAUGUACUACGUGCUGCGCCUGCGCCUCAAGGACGACAUGCGUUACCUGCAGCAGUCCCUACGGCGCCCGUUCCUGCAACCUGUGACCCCCACUCCGAACUCCGGCAGCUGACCCUGCGCCCCUCCCUCCCCGACUCUGGAGGCAAAAAUCUUACAGGGACCCUCCACCCCACCCCACCCCCUACCUCUCACUCACUGUGGGGAAGGCGACUUGCCUAUUGGGCUCUCAAGGGCGUGUGAACGUGUAGGACGGAACUGCGGAGACUCAUGCCUGCGAUCUCACUCGCUCGCCGGCUAGGAGGUGGAAAGUGCAGUGGGUUCAUAAACCCAUCUGUUCAGACCUAUGAGCAAGCAUUAUCACCUCUUGUGCACGAUAGGCCUUCACUGGUUACCCGGGUUUCUUUCCACAGAGCGAAACUGUCCUUUAUGUGGAAUCGGCCAAGCAUCAUCCCAAUGACAGGAGCCCUCCUGGACAAGGAGUCUUGAAACGCAGUGAGGUUUUCUUUGUUAAAACAAUAAUGAAUAUUCAUCGGUGGCUCUGUCGGCAAAAGUUUUGCUGGCUGGUGGGCGACCAUGGAAUUGCCUAAAUUUUGGGCUCGGAGGACCCAGUUUCGUAGUGUGGUUGACAUUGGCCCUCGUGCAAGGAAUGUACCCCCUCUUCAUAGUUCAGUGCCUGGGCUCGUCUGGCCUUUGGGCUGUGGUGCAAUUGCACUUCCUGCACACUCGCUAUCUACGCUCCUGCCUUGGCCUUGAUUCUCCAGCUAAUAGCAUCGAGGGUGAUGUGGGUAGUGGAGGGGAGAGGGGACUCAAUUUCUCACCGAAUAUAUUUGGGGUCACUGGUAGACUGGAGUAUGUAUAUAUGUAUGUUGAACUUCUUUCACACUGUUCGUAGCCAACCGUGCUAACCGGAAGUUGGAAGUGGGUCACGUGUGACUGUUAGCCACAACCAUAACGGGGGAGGUAUACUGGACAUAGUGUGCGGGGCGCGGUAAUGUUUCUCAAUUGCUAACCCUGAUAGACCCUGGACACGAGGGAGCGAGUGGCCGAGAGGCACAGCCGCCCACGAGGGGAUAGGUAGGGUCCGACAUGGCGAGCUGAAAGUUAAGGACAAAAAAAUGCAUUGGAACAAAAUGUGAAAGAUUAACAAAAACGUUGGUGGCCGGCGUGGUGCUCCGCUGCUUUUGUUUGUUAACGCGCAAAAGUAAAUGCUCAUGUGUUUUUUUUCCCGUUUGAUCUCAAGAUGCAAAAAGGGAGAGGUGGUGGUAAAAGGUGGUGUGUGUGUGGGGACGUGUCUUGUAGGUCCUCCAAUGUGUUUUCAGGCUGUGCGAUGUGUCCUUUCACAUGAUGUCCUUCGUUUCAUUGCACGUGCUGGAAGCUUUUUCAGGAACUGAAUUCAGCUCCUGAAGAGUCUUAACCUGUACCCUCAGCACUUCCCAUUUCUUCAGUUUCUGAAGAAGCUUCCAGCACGUAGCGAAACGUUGGACGUCAUGCCUAACGACAUGCGGUGCAAUCUGAAAUGCCCCCAGUAGACCCAUAUAGUACCAGCGUGAUAACUAACAGCAGGAAUCUGUAAGGUUUUCAGCUCUUGAGUGCCACGCAUCAUUUGCAUAUAUCCAAAGCUGUCAGUAUGAAUUUGAAAUGAACGGGCAAAUUUUUCCUAUGCACAGCUGCUAUUUAUGGGACUACACUGUGGGUUAUCCGAGGGAAAUGCAGCGAAUCCCAUUGUUGUACAAUACUAUGCCCCACGUCUUCACCAACUGGCAUGGAUCAGCUUGGUGAAUUAUAAUCGCGUAAAAUAACGCCUACGUGCCGCACGGCGUGGGAAGGCCUUCUUCCAACGGUGGAUGGACAAGAGAUUUGUGUAUGUGUAUGCAGUUGCUGUUGGGCUGUUUCCACCAGCAGAGAUGGUGGGGCUUGUAACCCCCCCAUGGUGCUUGACUUUGUUGUUGAUACAAGUGAAAAGUGAGAGUAGUUGACUAGAUGCUCAGUCUGGUUCAUUCAUUCUUGCGGUGUAUGUACGGCAUCGACAAGCGGAAUCGAAGUUCCCGACUGCAGUAAAACAAUGCAAUGCAUUUAAUUUGGCAGCGUUUUGUACUUUGUAGGUGACGUGUACCCACUGCAAUGAUGAUUGUUGAUCCGUUGUAUAGCUGUCAUAACUUUGUAUUCGUGAACUUGUAAAGGAACUUCUGUAGACGAGGGAAAUGUUAAGGUCAUCGUUGAUGGAAGCGGUUGCUGUAAAUACAUUUAGAUGCACGAUGAUUUGUAACUGAUUUAUUUUUUUGGGUUUGAUCGUGUCGGUACAAACAUCGUGUCUGACGGGUUGGAUUGCGAGUGUGAUGCCAGUGUGUCGUACAUCCCCCUCCACCCAACAAAGUGGCAUGAAUAAAGUUGUCAAGUGAACACAUUUUUAUUGCUUUGGCACAUUGGUAUGUCGAAGAGGAAUCCACGUGUAACGAUUACAUUGAAGAACAGUCGAUUGCUUGUUAAUGUGCAGGUGUGCCAAUGCAAUACGAAUUGCCACGUUUGUCUAAAUGACAACUUACAAUAUAUUCGUCUUUGUUGUGUGGAGGGUGUACAACACACAUUGGCAUCACACUCACGCAAUCUGACCCGUGUUACAUUUAGCAGCACAAAUCUGGAUAGAAAUGACAGCUACCGUGGCGAGAGGUUAACUGUCUCGCCUGGUAUGCUGGAGGUCGUGGGUUCGAUCAAGUUUGCGUGUUCUCCCCGUGGUUGCGUGGAUUUUUCACCGGGUCCUCUGGUUUUUCCUUCCACAUUUAGAUUCAACAGGUGUUUAAGAG